AUGUGGUCGUUACAUUUCAGUAGAAGGCUCUUUGGCUCAGCUGCUUUAAGAUGCGAACCAGCUCGUACAUCGUCAAGUUCACUUCGGCCUUCCGCAAUUGAAUCUAAGCGCACCAACGCUCCAUUGAAAAGCUGCGCCACGUCACAGCCGUCCUCCACUUCAUCUCUAGACACCCGUAUACGCGGUGCAAAGUCUCUGCAGAAGCUGUUCUCACUUUGUGCGUCUACUGCGCAGCCUCCUGCCAGCGCGUUGUCUGACCCUCGUCUGUCGGCAGUAGGACGACUAUAUGCGUUGCGGAUUAUAGACUCCUCUGGAGUGCUCCGGCAGCCCCUAGGCGAUGCUACUCUCGCCUGCGUGGAGUUCGCGGAAUCUGCCACAUGGCAUCUGCUUGACCAGAUCGAGCGUUACGCUGUCACGGGUGCGGUUUCAGUCCCCCGUAGCAAGCAUUUGGUCGGCCUCUUAUGGCAUUCGAUGAAGAUUGCCAGCAGCCUGGCUGGAAGUCUCAGGGGCAGUGAUCCGAUACAUGUGGAGAACAAGGGCGUCACUGCAAUCAAGUCGCUAACACAUUCUCCUCCAAGCGAUGCGCUUAGCAGCCGCAUGCUGAGCCGAUGGUCACUGGUACGUCGUUGUCUGGCCGUGGUCCAACUGGUCGUCGACGGCAUCGUUGCUGGUUUGGCCCGUCCGAAUGGGAAGGACGUCCAACAAUUGCUGAUGUUAGCUGCCGAGCCUAUAUUCACACACAUUCAAACCAAUAUGCCUCACAAGGACGAGGAACGGGUGGAACCGGAUGAAAUCCAUCAAGCAAUGGAAGAGGCUCGUUGUGCCGCACUGCGAUCCAUUGAGGUGCUAGCCGAACAAUGUGCUCACCUGAUGACCGAUUCUGAAUUGGUAAGCGUAUUCGUAUCGUGUUGCAGCAAGGAUGUCAGCCCAAGGUUGAUUUCGUUCUUGAACCAGUCGAUGAGGGAUCGGGCGGCAAGGGGGUUCAUCAACCUUGCGCUGCAGGAUUGCGUGACACUCUUCAACAUCAGCAAGACGUAUAAAGUUCCCAGUGAAGUUAUGUCCAUCUUAUUGUCCCAGUUGGCGACAGUUCCACUUUGCGAUGAUGAGACUUCAUCAUCCCCGAAAGCUAAUCGGUUACAACACGAACAUUCCAACCGUCCGUUGCUGGUUGGGUGUGACUCUGACGCGUUGGAGGUGUGGCACUCCAGUGUGCGCAAAGCCACCUUCGCUGACGUUGGCAGGCUGUGCAGAUCUUUGUAUCACCAGGAAUGUGGCGUCGAGUUAUUGCGUAACAUCGACAGCGCGUUGACUAAUACGUUGGGCUCAGCAGCCUUUGUUAGCCGCCUGAGUGCAGAGUCACGACAGGACACUGGCGGGGUAAACACUGAUUUGUUUUCGCUGUCGUCAAUAAUUCACCUGUUUGCCAAGAACAACUUCUGGGAGAGCCAGGCGGUGGAAAAGGUUCUGCAAGUUUUGCCCCAAGUUCCGCUUGGUAACAGUUCGAAGGAUGAGUUAGUAGUUCUCGGUGACCUAUGCUGGGGCAUGCUCACCCUUCGGGUGGAUGUCCGACGCAUAGGCUUCCUGUUGGACCACGUGAUUCCCCAGCUCAAAGAACUGCCCAUUAAGAACACCGUCAAGCUAAUGGGAGGUUUGUACAAUUCGUUAGGUCGUGAUGCGAAGAGGACGCCGGAUGAGCCGGAUACUGUGUUUUCGUUGGACCGUGUUCCCAUGGAUGAUUUACUCGCGUAUACACUGAACGAUGAAGACUUCUCUGCAACAGGUGGUUCUGACAUUCAUUCGCCGUCCGUAUCUAGUGAGAGUAGCGGAGAUGGGAGACGUGACAAGGUUAUUAGAAGGAUGAAAGUGUUGAGGUCGCUUUUCAUGGAUCGCCUCGAGGAGGUCACGGACUCGCAGAACUUGUCAAAUUUCAUGUUUUACGCAGCUGCCACAAUUAAAGACAUAAACGAGGGUGACUACAAUGCACUUUGUCUCAAGUGGCUGGCCAAUUCGCGAAACCCAGACUUCAUGGUGAAGGUGGAGGCGCUGAGUCAACUGCUUUGGGCACUUCAGAAAAACCGCAUAUACCACCACGCAACACUCAUGCGCAUUCGCGAAAUCGUUAGUUGUCUGGCAAGUGAUAACAAAGUCGUUCAGCUCUGUGCGAAGUUUGAAGUGUGCUCGAUGGGCCAGCUGGCGUUGAUGUCGCAUACGCUGAUGUCGUUCAACCUAGUCACGCAAGACUUGACAGACGCAUUACUAACUAGGCUUGAAGCACUCCUGGAUGGGCACCGUGCUGAUUACCCAUCCGCCAGAGGCCGUUCUGAAGUAGGGGAUUGGGACGUGAAGCUCACGUCGGUGAUUUGGUCGAUAGUGCUCUCUGACUUCACGUUACUGAAUUUCGCAUCAUUGGAUCGUCUGAUUCGAUUGAUUGGUCGCAUAAACUGGCGGCGGUUUGUGAAGGCCUGCCGUCACCAGGACCUCCGCAAGGUUCUGCAGAUAUACACCAGCUUGGAGGUGGAGCUUCCAAAACUGUCGGCAUACAUGCCACUGUGGCCACUCCACAACUUGAUUCCGCAUCAAGUCAUAUCUGCAGCUAUCCGGGACACGAUUUCAGCCAGAAAUAGCGUGCCGGUGUCGGCGUCGCAGGACAGAGUGCGUCGAUCUCUAUCAAGUUUUGGGGUGCGAUUCAAGGGUGAAUAUGCCAUAUAUCGCGGCAUCACCGUUGACUUUGCCAUAUGCCGGAACCAGGACUCUGACGAGUUUUCGCCGGACCUCGUGAUCGAGAUGGAUGGCCCCUGCCACUACAAUGUAAUAUGCGGUGAGUAUUCGUUGCCACACUUAAAGAUUGGCGCUAUGCGGUUGCUCCCCACUGGGAAGACCUUGUACCGCAACAGAAUCAUUCGCAAACUCGGCUAUACCGUAGAGAGCAUUUCGUGGAUAGAUGCGCACCGUCGUGCGAUACACGUGGCCGUGGGCAAUAUUUUGAACCGCCACGAAAUCACAAUCACACGAAAGUGA